AAAAUAGUGAAAUUGCCCUGGUUUCGCUCACACCGACUUUGUAGAGCAAGAGAGAAAGAGGCCAUGCAGACUGUCUCCGUCCAGCCCCUUGCAGUCUCUCAGACAGUGACUGUCACACAAUCAAAUGACUGGAACUCUGGGAUCUGUGACUGCUGUGAUGACUGCGGAAUCUGUUGCCUUGCGUUCUGGUGCUUCCCUUGUUUCCAGUGCAAGACAGUCAAUGACUUCAAGGAGUGCCUCUGCCUCCCCCUUCUGGACCCCUUUUGUAUGGGCUAUAUUGGAUGCGGCACAGCUUGCCCCCCUAUCUCCUUGGCCAUGAGGGCUUCUGUCAGAGAGAGAUACCGCAUUCCUGGCUCCAUCUGUGACGACUGCUGCAUGUUGUGCUGGUGCUACUCCUGCUCCUGGUGCCAAAUGGCUCGAGAGAUAAAGAAACGCAAACAGCCCUUCACCUUCGUCACAGCCCAGACCACCUCAAUGCAAAUGCCUGUGCAACACACUCUCUACCCCCAAAUGUAACCCUUUCUCUCCCGAAUGGGACAAAUACAGAUGGAGUGACCUCAGCCAAUGAAAUCUUACCUUUAUAUUAUAUUUAUAUCAAACCCGUGAUUCUCUGUAAAAUGUAGAAAAUAUUAAAGUUUGAAUUGAAA